AUGGCUAGCACAUCUCCUGCGGCUCUUUUCGAGUCGCUGCCGAUCCCGACGCUCGACAGACCGUUCGGUGUUCAGCUAUGGCCCAUCUUCAACAAGGCCUUUGAGCUUGUUGCCGGCUACCCGGCCGACGACUUUAAGUUCGUCACCGGCAGAACGCCCAUGUCAACGCUCAAGGAAACCUCGAUCUUCGUUGUUAUAUACUACAUUGUAAUUUUUGGAGGACGUGAGCUGAUGAGAGGACGCGAGGCCUUCAAGCUGAAGUCCCUCUUCCUCAUCCACAACUUUUACUUGACCGCCAUCAGCGCCAUCCUCUUAGCCCUCUUCAUUGAACAGCUUCUCCCCACGGUCGUCCGAAAGGGCAUCUUCUACGCCAUCUGCGACCACGAUGGUGGUUGGACACAGCCUCUGGUCGUUCUCUACUACUUGAACUACCUGACCAAGUACCUCGAGCUUCUGGACACUGUCUUCCUGGUUCUCAAGAAGAAGCCUCUGACCUUCUUGCACUGCUACCACCAUGGCGCUACUGCUGUUCUGUGCUACUCCCAGCUGAUUGGCAACACCUCAGUUUCAUGGGUUGUCAUUGACCUGAACUUGGCUGUCCACGUCAUCAUGUACUGGUACUACUUCCAGAGCGCCCGUGGUGUUCGCAUCUGGUGGAAGGAGUGGGUCACUCGUUUCCAGAUCAUCCAGUUCAUCAUCGAUCUCGGCUUUGUCUACUUCGCAUCCUACACCUACUUUACCUCGACUUACUUCCAGUGGAUGCCAAAUGCUGGCAAGUGCGCUGGCGAGGAGUUCGCCGCCUUUUCCGGCAUGGGUGUCCUCACCUCCUACCUCGUCCUCUUCAUCUCCUUCUACUUCGCCACUUACAAGAAGGAUGGCAAGGCGCCUAGUGCUCGCAAGUCUCUUCGCCGUAUGUCUCAGGCACCCGUCCCUGAGCCUCACGUCGUGGCCGCCGCUGUGUCGGGAAGCCAGGUUAAGACUUCUGCCAAGAGCAACGGUGUCACCACUCGCUCCCGCAAGGCAUAA